UGAAAAUUGUGGAUCCUUCGAUCUGUUGAGCUCAGUUAUCGUCAUUCUAACACAGCAACUUUCGUGAGCAUCCCAAAAAACACAUCUUCGAUAUUUUUAAACCCUUUAGCUGAUACAGUGGGAUACUAAAUUUCUCAAUUGCUGUAAGUAAAGCGAUGGAAACAGAUGUAAACGUUUUUGUAGUUCACAAAGAAAAAGAGUGGUUUGAACACAAUGUAUUACCGGGAUUUUGGGACUCUGUGAUUAAUGAAGUGAAAGAGGCAUUGGAAUUGGUUGAAGGAGAAAGCCCUACAGUCCUUGUAUUCUCAUCGCCAAAGACAGAUGCCGUGAAGGGAAUUGUCUCUAGAAAAGGAACUUUAAUUGACCGUAUCAAUCUUACAAUAAAAGUGGGAAGGUCGACUCAUAUGAUCAAGCUUGAAGAACCAAAUACUUUACGAUUAGACCAAAUACUAAAUCUUGUAAACUACCUGCGAUACUUGCUGUACGUUUUACUGCGAAUCAAAGAAAGCACCGGCCGCGCAAUACAACAACUAGAGGAAAUUUUACGAGCCAUUGUUUUCUUAUUGAAUACGGAAGAAGCAGAGUCUAAGUCAUCUGUGCCAGACUUAGUGUCACAAGCGAGCAACAUCUCCAUGCAGCCUUCCUCUUCCCAGUCAUUACCGUCGACUUUUAGCAACCCAUCCUCUUCCUAUUCUCAUCCACCAUCACAUGUGCAUAAAACAGCCGCUAAUAACCUAUUUACUCCUCCAUUACCACCAAACCUUGCGCUGAGUUUCAGCGUUUCAACAUCUUCUGUAUGUCUUCACCUGUUCCGAUUGUUUGGCUCAAAUUCAAUCCUUGACUCUUUGAAAUCUAGCAGUCUUGAUACAAGUAAGAUAUUGCCAUAUACUUCUCAACGAAUCGAUGCGUUUUCGCAAGAUCCUAUUUUACUUGCCGUAACUGCGAAGCUUUCUGCUUUGCAAAAGAAAGUAAAUGAUAUUUCCUACAGACUAAAAGUUGUUGAGUCUUCGGUUGAUCUUAAUGGAUCGGCAUAAAUUGCCAAUCGAGAUGCAAGCAAUCUUGCACAAUCGAAGUCGAAACUUUGGUUGUAACGCUCGCUUCCUUGUUUCUGUAAUAUAUUGUUCUUUUUUAUUAACUAUUUUUUUUUGCGACGACUUCAUCCUUUUUAAAUAACUUUGAUGUUUCCAUGUUGUUGAAUGGGGUUUCAUAGAAUCUGAUUAUGUAUAUACGAACAGAAGAGUUCAAUAUUAUGAGUUUAUAACUUUUAUGUUGCGAAUACUAUAUGAAGAUAAUAAAAACCAACUCCAAACUACAU